AUGUACUGUCAGCGCUGUCUCUUUUCCGGAAAUGUGAGUUCUCUCUCUGUUUCUCAUGUAACAGAUUUGGGGCACCUCUCUCUAACAUCCAACUACACAUCCACCAAACCCACUACUUUUCUGCUGACUGGCAUCCCAGGAUUAGAAGAUUUCCACUUCUGGAUUUCUAUUCCUUUUGGCUUCAUGUACCUUUUGGCUGUGUUAGGCAACGGCCUAGUUUUAAUGGUAGUUGUCUGGGACAGGAAGCUCCAUGAGCCAAUGUAUCUCUUCCUCGCAAUGCUGGCAUUCAAUGAUAUUCUACUCUGCACUGUCACGGUUCCUAAAAUGCUUCACAUCUUCUGGCACGGUCCGUCUCCAUCUAUGUUUUCGGCCUGCCUUACACAGAUGUUCUUUGUCCAUGCUCUCUUCCUGUCUGAAUCUGCUGUCCUUCUGGCCAUGGCCUUUGACCGAUAUGUGGCCAUCUGUGAACCACUUCACUAUGCGACACUACUCACAGGCUCACUCAUUGUCAAGGUGGGCCUGGCUCUAGUGGUCCGAAGUGUGGUGGUAGUCACCCCUGGUGUUCUCCUCAUUCUUCGGUUGGAGUUUUGCCGAACCAACAUCAUCCAUCACACCUACUGUGAAAAUAUGGGCAUUGCCAAGUUGGCCUGCAAUAGCAUUGUCCUCAAUAGCAUUUAUGGGCUCACUGCUGCUCUUCUCACCACUGGACUGGAUUUUGUCUUCAUCUCUAUCUCGUACUGGCUAAUUUUGCAGACAGUAUUCCAACUACCUUCAAGAGAAGCUCAGACAAAGGCUUUUGGAACCUGUGGAACACAUAUUUGUGUCAUCUUGAUAUUUUAUACUCUAGCCUUUUUUUCCUUCUUUACCCAUCGCUUUGGGCACCAUGUGCCAAGGCAUACUCUCAUACUUCUGGCAAAUCUCUACUUAUUGGUACCACCUACCAUGAACCCCAUUGUGUAUGGGGUAAAAACCAAAGAGAUAAGAAUGCGAAUACUAGGACUCUGUAGCCAAUCUAAAUGA